AUGGUGGCACAGGAAGAUGUUGAGGCAGCCUCAGGGUUGGAAUGCGAGCUGCUGGGCAAGUGGGGUUCCUUCGGCUGGUGGCUUCAAGUCUUCCUAGGGUCUGUCUGUCUUGUGUCUUUGGUGGGCAAGAGGUUCACAGACAAGGUGAGAAGACCUUGGAAGGUCUGGUUCUUUGAUACCGCAAAGCAAGGAACACAGGCCCUGAUGAACCACAUCAUCAACAUUGGACUCUCUAUGGGGUUCGGCGAGUGGCUGUCUGUAGAUGCUGAUCCCUGCAACUGGUACUGGAUUAACAUGUCCUUGGAUUGCACCUUGGGGGUCGCCAUCAUGUUCCUGCUGCUGCGGCUGCUGCAAUGCGUUUACCGCAGCAAGUUGGUAGCGCGGCCAGAGCUUGCAAGGUGUGGCCAUUAUGGCGAUCCGCCCGACUUCCGGAUUUUCCUUCGUCAAUUGCUGGACUGGCAGGCGCUCGUCUUUGUACAGAAACUUAUGUUGGCAGCGCUCGUCAUCAACUUCCGUGCCAGCAUGGCUUUGAUUAGUACAGCAUUGCUUGGGUGGCUUGAUGAUUUUCCACGGGCUAAGCUCGUGGUCGUCAUGGUGCUGAUGCCGCUCAUACUCAAUGUGUUCGCAUUGUGGACGGCAGACAGCUUCUUGCAGGCCAAAGCUAAUGAUUGUGACGAAGUACAGGUGAGAGAGUCGCUGGUGGCGGGCGUCCCUGCGGUCGUGGGGCGUGAUGUGCCAGCGUUCCAUGCACAGGCCGACGAGGACUUGGAAGACUCCAUCAUGUCCUUCCAGGAAUGGAAACGGAGCCGCCGACAAGCUUGA